AUGGUUGUGCAUUUACUUUCCGUACAAGAGGUGAUCAAACACUGCGAGACAGAUGACUGCUGGAUAGUGGUUGGAAACAAAGUGUGGGAUCUCACCCACUUUGCAAGCGCUCACCCAGGCGGUGCCGAUGUCAUCUUUGAAUUCGCGGGUCGUGAUGCAACACAUGCAUUCUAUCAGGUCCACACCGACGGCUUGAUUGAGAGCACUCUGGGCUCAUCUCAACACAUGGGAGACCUUGAUCCCAACAGUAUCGAUGAUAUAUGGCGACAGCGUUCCAGAGGCUUUUCAUCGAAGCAUACAUCAACAACUUCACAGUUCUCCAAGCCUCCCCUAUCGAGUAUACUCAGUACUCAUGAUUUUGAGAGAGUCGCCCACGAAACUCUGUCAAAGAAGGCAUGGGCAUUCUAUUCAUCCGCCGCCAAUGACCUCGUUUCAAAAGAAGCGAAUCAUUCAUUUUACAGUAGGAUAUGGUUCCGACCUCGAUUGAUGCGAGAUGUAAGAAAUGUGGAUACUCGAUGCCAGUUUCAAGGGAUCGAAACUGCUUCACCUAUCAUGGUUGCGCCUGCUGCUAUGGCCAAACUCGCCCACGAGACCGGAGAAAAAGGAAUUGCAAGGGCUGUAGCAACCAGAAAAAUAAUCCACUGUAUCGCGAUCACUGCAUCGUACCCAUUGGAAGAUAUUGAUCGGUUGGUGACCGAAGUACUCCUCAAAAGGGUUUGGGCAGCGGGCAUUCGCGCGAUCAUGGUGACAAUAGACGCGCCCGUUCCCGGAAAGCGAGAGGCAGAUGAACGUGUGCGCACUGAGCAAGCCAUCUCAAUGCCUAUGACAGGCACAGUGGCCGGAAACGAUAAGUCGGGGAGUGGACUUACCAGAACAACCGGAGUCUUUAUUGAUAGCUCGUUCACUUGGGAAGAUCUGCCAUGGCUGAAGAGAGUCUGGAAAGGCAAAGUGAUGCUGAAGGGGAUUCAAUGCGUCGAGGAUGCCCAAACUGCUGCUCAACUUGGGGUUCAAGGCAUUGUAUUAAGCAAUCACGGGGGCAGAAACCUGGACACAUCGCCACCGGCAUUGUUGACCUUACUAGAACUGCAGUAUCAUGAUCCAGCUAUUUUCCAACAAACGGAAGUAUAUGUCGACGGUGGAAUAACCCGUGGAACGGAUAUUCUAAAGGCUCUUUGUCUAGGGGCUAAGGGUGUACUUAUUGGACGUCCAUUUCUAUAUUCACUCAACUACGGUGAAGAGGGUGUAGUCCAUUUGAUUGAUAUCUUACAAAGCGAACUCGAAACUGCUAUGAAACUAAUUGGAAUCACCAAUGUUUCUCAGGCACAUCCGGGGUUACUGAACACAAAGGACAUUGACCAUCUGGUUACAUCCACGAAUACUAAUGCUAGGCCAGAGCACAAACUAUAG